AUGCCUUCUUCGGCGCUUAAUCCGCCACCCACACUAGCUGACCUUGAGCGUCGCCCACCACCCGCUGGGCCUGCGAUUCCUUCAACACCACAGCAUCCAGCUUUCGGUCAAUCGGCUCUGCGUCAACGACGCAAUCGAAGCAACUCGCAUUCGUCUCACGAUUCUCACAACUCUCAUGGCUCGCACUCUUCGCAUUCAUCCCAUUCGUCCUAUGCUAGGCGGCAUCCAGAUCGAGUUCCACCCAAAGCUGCCUCCCCUAACGGCGCGUUCCUUAGCGUACUUGCCAUUCUCUCCCUUGUUCUGGCAUACACGCUGGUGGGACUAUGGAUCUUUAUCAAAGGCUUCCUUCUGACUCGGCACGAACUGUCAGGUGUCAAUGAAUGCGCUAAACCUUUCGAUCCGAGUUGGUCUUUGCCUGUCCCACCUUGGAGCUUUGACGAUGCUUCGCUGCUUCAGUGGGCAGAGACGUCUCUCAACCCACAGACAGGGGCAGGAGAAUGCAGCUUGGCACCAACGCACAAGAAAGCAAUGGUGCUGAUCGUCGAUGCUUUGCGGUACGACUUUAUUGCUUCCCCUCCUCCUCCCUCUUCCUCUGCGGCACAGGGAAUGGAGGAUGGAUGGACACCAAACCCGUAUUAUCACAAUAUCCUCUCAGUGCCUUCGCAGCUGACUACCCGGUACGGCAUCCCAGCGAACGCCAACAAGCCAGGACCUUCUUCCUUUAUCGCUCACUUCACUGCCGAUCCACCCACCACUACCCUUCAGCGUCUCAAAGGCUUGACGACAGGUACCCUUCCUACGUUCAUUGAAGCAGGUGCCAAUUUCGGCUCUGCAGGUACUGGUGUCGGGCAGGUCAAUGAGGAUCAUUGGAUUGCUCAGUUCAAAGCCUCCAUUCUCGCUCAGAGCGGCAAAAAUCAAGGUGGAAAUGCAGGACUGGUGUUUGCAGGCGACGAUACAUGGAGCACCGUCUUCCCUGGCUUGUUCGAUAGCGACAAGAUGUGGACGUACGACUCGUUCAAUGUCGAGGAUCUGGACACUGUCGAUCGUGGCGUUGAGACGCGACUCCUUCCUUUCCUCCAGCAGAAUCACCCCAACAGGACUGCAGGAGUGCAUGAUCAUUGGAGGUUACUCAUCGGUCACACACUCGGUGUUGAUCAUGUAGGGCAUAGAUUUGGAGCAAGUCAUCCCAAGAUGAAGGUCAAGUUGGAAGAGGUGCAAGCUUUCCUCAAGGACAUCAUCGAAGCGAUCGACGACGAGACGCUUUUGGUGCUGAUGGGCGACCACGGUAUGGAUGAAAGGGGAGAUCAUGGCGGAGAUACUGAACUCGAGGUCGGUGCUGGGUUGUGGAUGUAUUCCAAGAGCGGAUUCGGAUAUACUGCUCGCAAACAACACUUCGAUCCUGCUGAGUAUAUCUCCGGCUCUGAGGUAGAAGCUUUGCUUCCCAGCCGAAUCCCUUUCUCACCCCUCCCAUCUCCACCUUAUCCCUCCUCCGGUCAUCGAAGCGUACCACAAAUCGACCUAGUACCCACCAUCUCUAUCCUCCUUGGCCUUCCUAUCCCCUACAACAACCUCGGCAGUAUCAUCCCGGACCUCUUCCCGCAUCCUGACACCCUGCUACGAGCACUGCGAAUCACUGCGAAGCAGAUGCGAACCUACCUCACCACUUAUGCCAAACACUCCCCGGACCUUGCUGCGUUUAGCAGAGAGUUCGAUGCGGUAUGGCUGGAUGCUGUUCGAGCCGAUGCUGAACUCGCUGCCCUUCUACAAGCGGAUAAGAGGAUGGAUGAAGUAGAGAAAGCGUGGAGGAAGGCAGCACAAGCGUAUCAUAGGUUUAACAGGGUCAGUCUGAUGAAAGCUAGAGAAGUAUGGGCUCAAUUCGAUAUGGUCAGGAUUCUAGUCGGGCUGGUGGUGCUAGUGUUGGGAUUGGCGGUGAUUUGGGUGUUGAAAAGUGGCGCGCAGGAUGGAUUGCUUGGGGUUUUGCCCAUUGCCGCACAACAGAAUGACGAGAACGGGGAAGCUACCACCGAGACAAGAAAAGAGAAGAGAAGGAGUAAAGGCACACAGGAGCUCCUUUCCAUAGUGCUACAGUCGAUCACCCGGCCAGCACAAAUAGGAACAGCUGUCGGAGUGGCGGUUUCCCAAGCAUCGUACCUCCUCCCUCUGAUUUCCAGCCUACCCAAGUUCGGCGUUGUAGAAAGCACACUAGCGUCAGCCACGAUCGCUUCUCAACUCUCUUUGCUCUACGAUCAUCUACCGCAAACUCUUGCCUCAGGAAAGAAAGAAGGAGAGGGAGACGUACCGAACACUACAAAAGUACUCAACGUGGCCGGAUACGUCAUCCUUGCAAUCCACGCAGGGUUAUUCGCAUCAAACUCAUUCCUCAUCAACGAAGAUCGAUUCAUCCUUCUUUCCCUCUCCACCCUCAUCACUCUCCGCGGUCUUCUCUGCAUCGGAUCUUGCCCCACCACCCGUGGUAAGAUCCGACCGGCCAUCAUCACCCUCCUCUCCCUCCUCCUCGUCCGUCUGGCAUCCAUCUCCAAAGUCUGUCGCGAAGAGCAAGCUGCUCACUGCAAAUCGACAUUUUUCUCCACAGAAGCCCUCAACUCUCCCUACUUAAUGAUCGUAUCCUAUCUCUUCGCCUACCUACUACCCACCCUCCUAGCCAAAUUCUUGGGUCAGCGUAAAAGCUUUGUUGGCAUAGCACCGCUUUUCUUCAACUUUGGGCUAAGGCCGACUUUGAUGUUGGGAAGUGGAUAUUGGCUGUUGGAUUGGAUUCUUCCUCAGGACUUUGUAGUGGAAAGUGGGUGGGGGAAGAGAUUGGAUUGGUUGAAAGGAUGGGUGGCCAAGGUGGAUUUGGUGUUGCUUUGUGUUUUUGCACUCCUUUUCUGGAUUUUUGCACCGCUUUGUCUCGAAAUCCGACAGGAACCGGCGAAUAUGGCGUCGCCUGAGCGGGAGGAGAAUAAGCAGAAAGUUACGAUCCGAGGCUACGCAAACUCGUUAGGUUCAAGCUACCUCCUCUUGGUGGGCAUAGUAGUCAGUUUGUUAUGGUUGCUCACCCAACCUGCGGGACAACUUUCUCUUGCAGCGGUAAUACUGGCUGCUAUGUUGGCUCUUGAGCUGGGUCAUGCCGAACGAGAUACACUCAUCUUAUACGAUCAAAAACACAACCCUUUAUCCCCAACCCGCCCUCCGCAUCUUUCCUCAUCCGAAAUCGCAACACUAAGCCUCCUAUCCCACCUAGCAUUCUUCUCCACAGGCCACCAGGCAACAUUGGCAACAAUCCAAUGGAGAGUUGCUUUCCUAACCUCCCCCACUCUUUCCUACCCCCUAUCACCUCUCCUUGUCCUCCUCAACUGUUUCGGUCAGCUAACUCUCCUACCACCCCUCCUCACCGUUCUAUGCGUGCUAUGGAACUCUACACCCCAACCCCGCGGGAGCGCAAAGAAAAUGUUCACAACACAACACAUCUUGGCUGCCCUACUAACAACGACGCUUUAUAGCACCGUAUUGCUGCUUAGUCUAGGCGCACUAAGCGCACUGGUGUUCAGACGACAUCUGAUGCUGUUUAAACUCUGGACUCCUAGGUUUCUCAUGGCAAGUGUCGCAGGGCUCAUGGUGCAAUUAGGAGGUUUAGCAGCAGCAACUGCUGGUUGGCAGGUCUCGAAUAAAGUCAACAAUGUAUUCGGAAGCGAGUUCGAAUGA